GUCCUCUUGAGGCCUUUGCGGAAGUGGCUAAGGACAAAUCGUCGUGGGGGAGGAGCUCACAACGUGUAGGACUUGGGCGCUUGUAUCUGCUUUCGGCUUGAAAGAUGCCAGGUUUGGCAGCUGCGAGCCCGGCGCCGGCCGAGUCUCAGGAAAAGAAGCCACUGAAGCCCUGCUGCGCCUGCCCGGAGACCAAGAAAGCGCGCGAUGCGUGCAUCAUCGAGAAAGGAGAAGAGCAUUGUGGACAUCUAAUUGAGGCCCACAAAGAGUGCAUGCGAGCCCUGGGAUUUAAGAUAUGAACUGGUGACCUGCUCUGUGAAUGAAUAAUCCCUGAAGAAUGAAGAAAGUUAAAUCAUUUUGGAAGUUCUUUGAUGAGCUUUGAUAAAUGGAUAAAGUAUUUAUAAUUUAUUAAAAAAAAAGAAAAUGUCCCAGGUCAAAGAUCUUCGGGUGUGUUUCGUUUUGUGUUCCUCACAUACUCAGGAAGCUUUCCCCUCCCCUCCUUCCUUCCUUCCUUUCCCUACCUCCCUCCUUUCCUUCUUUCCUUCUUUCUUUUUCAUAAAGGAUAUAGUUGCAAAUCUUA